AUGCCAACCACCACCGCAUCAACUCCGACCUCUUCAAGCCGCCGCAGCGACGGUGAAUUCGACCAGGAGUGGGAAUUUGGCUUCAAUUCGGAUCGUGGAGGAGCGUCGGCGAGCGACAGUAAUGCUGACAGCGAUGCUGGCUAUCUCUCUCCUGUUUAUGGGGAUCGAGAAUCCUGUUUCAGCAGUGAUGACGACAGCGAUACUGCUGGAGUUACUUCGGUAUUCGGGCUCGCAGAUGUUCGUCGACGGAACUUUCCGGUGCGCCCGAGGUCGUUCUACCAGUGUGUGGUGUUGAUGGUGAGCGACGCAGCAAGUGGUGUUCGCCUUCAACCUGGGAGUGUCGUCUGCGACUUCGAGGCAGCGCUGAUCGAUUCAGUGACCGACCAGUUCCCGCACGCCAGGGUCAUCGGAUGCUUGUUUCACUUCAAGCAAGCGACCCGACGACGCAUGAUGAAGUUGCGUAUCCGACCCCAGGAGAUCUCGAUUGCGAUGGAAGUCGGCGUGUUGGACAUGCUAACCGUGAUCGUACCUGCUCAUGUCGAUCCCCACGGAAUCAACUAUGUCUCCGAGUUGAUUAUGUCUCGCUGUCGUACCGAAGAGAUUGAGUACUCGGCGGUUGGGUGGGAUCGUUUCUGGAAGUACUUUCGUCGCACAUGA